CAAAUUAAGCCAGCUGGCCUGAUGUCAGGAGGAGGAUACAUGCGUUGACACUGAUGAAGAGCAUGCCCCCUUCUGGUGUGUUUGGGGUUACAAUGGACGAUGAGGCAUUGAUCGAGGCAGAAAUUGCUCAGCAACUAGAUCAAAUAAAUCUUGAUGCAGAUGAUUUCCAGUAUGAAGAAAAUGAGGAAGAAAUUCAAGAUGUUGAUUUGGAUAUUCCCCUAGAAGAUGAGACCUUACCCGAUGGCAUGUCAGACUAUAUCAACCAAAUUCAAAAACAAGCUUCAAACUUUGAGAAGGAACUAGCAGAGUGCGAUGAAUUAUUACAGCAUCAUACUCCAGGACCAAAAUUGUUGCUGAAUGAGGAAGAACUUGGUACUUUGGAGCAGCUAGCCAAAGAAAGAGGAGAAAGUCCAGAAACAUAUAGAAAAAAGAUUUUGGAGGAGGUAGAAGAUUUUGACAUUUCUGACUUUUCAUCUCUACUUGUUGAUGACAAUGAUGAACAAAAAGAUGCCAAUGACAACAGUAUGGCACUCGUACACUUAGAUGAGAAGCAGCUGGAAUUCCAGAGGAAGUUCAAAGAAACUCUGAAGAAAAUGGAGGAAACUCAGAAAGAAAGAGAAGAGAAACUCAAACAGGAAAUCCUUGAGGACAGAAAACGGGAACAGGAGGAUUUUGAGGGGAAGGAGAAAAAAUGGAUGGAAAAGUUUGCAGCAUUGCAAAGGGAGGAAACUCAGCUAGCAGCUGAGAGAAAGAUUCAAGAAGAAAAAUUUGAAAUGGAACUUAAAGACAAAGAAAUUGAAAUAGAGAAAGAGCUGAAAUAUUAUGAGGAGGAAAUAGAGAAACUAGAAUCAGAAACCAAGCAUGAACAGGAGCAACUGGAGCAUGAAAGGAGUGAGGAGCUAAAGAAACAGGAGCUAAAACAACAGCAAUCAGCCACUAAAAUCCAGGCCAGAUACAGGGGAUAUAGUGUGAGAAAGCAGUAUAAAGAGACCUUGCAGGAAAUGAAGGAGGAGAGAGAGAGAAAAUGGGAGGAAGAGAGAAUAAAGGAAGUGGAAGAAGAAAUCCAGAGACAGAAGGAGGAAGAUAGACAAAAAAAGAUCAAGGAAGAAGCAGAAAGGAAGGCAGAGGAAGAAGCAAAAAGGAAAAAAGAGGAGGAGGAAAAGAAGAAGGCAGAAGCUGAAAGGAAAGCUAAGGAAGAGGCCAAGAGGAAAGCUGAGGAAGAGGUCAAGAGGAAAGCUGAGGAAGAGGCUAAGAAGAAAGCCAAAGAAGAAGAGGCUAAAAGGAAAGCAGAGGAAGAAGCAAGGAGAAAAGCUGAGGAGGAGGCAAAGAUGAAAGCUGAAGAAGAAGCUAAGAGGAAAAUGGAGGAAGAAGCCAAGAGGAAGGCAGAGGAAGAGGCAAAGAAAAAAGCUGCAGAAGAAGCCAAAAGAAAGGAAGAGGAAACUAAAAGAAAAGCAGAAGAAGAAGCCAGGAAACAAGCAGAGGAAGAGGCAAGGAAACAUGCAGAGGAAGAAUUAAAGAGGAAAGAAGAAGAGGCUGCAAGGAUAAAAGCAGAGGAGGAGGCUAGACAGAGGGAGGAGGUAGUAGCUACUAGAAAAGCUAUGGAAGCUGAAGCAGUGAAAGAACCAAGGAAAGGGCAAGAAAUAGAGAAAUCAAAAGUUCCUGUGUCAGGAAAAACAUCACUGGGAUCUCCAAGACCACUUUCUGCAAGAUCAAAAUCAAAAGGAAAAUACCAAGAAGAUUUUGAUAUUUUUGAAAUGGAUGACUCCAAGAAAUUACAAACCUCAACACUCCUACUACAGGGCCUACCAGAGAAUCUGGAGAAACUGAGAUUGCAGUGGAUCAAAGAAUGUGUACCUUGGAGUAAAGUGAGUAAUGAGCCAUGGAAGUUGAAGUCUGUGUCCUCCAAAAGCAUCAGACGACCAACAUCUGCCAAGAAAUUACAGCCACUGAGUGAAGCCACCAUUGUUAUGGCUGCUAGAGUUUCCACCCUCAGACAGGUGACGACUGUAGAGCUACAGGACCUGCCAGGCUGUAACAUUUCUACAUUAGGACAGUGCUGGGGACUGAAAUCCCUGAAGAUGUCUAAGUGUAACCUGACUGUGAUAGAGGGUUUACAGCAGUGUAAACAACUCCACUUUUUAGAUUUACAGGAUAACUUUAUUCAAUAUGUGGACCUAAAGGACCUGAGUAACCUGACCUUUCUUGACCUUUCCCAUAAUUCCUUGAGUACCAUUCAUGGACUUGCAGGAUGUUCCAACUUAAGGUGGCUAGAUCUUUCAAACAACAAGAUCACAAGAAUAGGUGGUUUGGAAUCAUUAAGAAGACUACACACAUUGAAGAUGUCCAGUAAUCAGCUGAUCAGCACAACUGGAUUGAAUGACACACCCACAUUACAGUUGAUUGACAUUUCCAAUAACCACCUUCAAACUGUUGAGGACAUCAGCAAGCUGUGUCUGCUGCAGACUCUAAUGGUGUCUUCUAACAACCUUCAGAAGCUUCCAUGUCUGAGGAACCAUGUCUUGCUAAGGGUGCUAUGUUUGGAGGAUAACAGUAUAGGUGACCUUGAGGAGCUACAAUCGGAUUGGCUACCACUAUUGGAAAUCCUGAAUCUAUCACAAAAUAGUAUUGAAGAUUUGGUGCCAUUGAAUAAUCUGCUGAUUUUAAGACAUUUUGACAUAAGUCACAAUCAAAUCACUGAUGUGGACACCUUGGCAUCAAGUGUUGAAAAAUGUGUUCAUUUAGAAAGCAUGUGUAUAGCGGGAAAUCCAGCUACAGAACUCACUGAAAUCAAUUUGUCCCUGCCUAAUCUAAAGAAACUGGAUGACAAGAUUUUUGGCAGUGGUAUAGAAGUGAAGCCAAGGACAAGCUUUGAAGCCAUGUGUAUCAGCCAGGCCCAACUCUACACAGAUCUAGCCAAUAAUAUGCUCAAGGAAAUUGGAGUGCAGAAGAGUAGUCUUCCUUGGGAUUUGGGUUCGUUGUGUGAUUUAUAUUUUAAGUAUUGUGACACAACUCAAAGGUUAGCAGAGGAACACAGAUAUGCACAUGAAUAUGGAGAAAUCACUAUGGCCAUGCCUACAGCGCCAUCUACACCUAAAUCUAGUCAACGUCCUGCAUCAUCCAAGUCUGUCCGCCAAGCCCAGAGGGAGAGUCAGCUUCUCAACCCCAAGGAAAUGUUCGAGAGAGCCCUAAAGUCCUCAGAAAAGGAGGCCAAAGGUGGGAAAAUGACAAUAAAUGGUGAUUCAUCAGCAAAGCUCAAUGGUGCUAUAGAUGGAGGAACAUUUGUAAAUUCUGAUGAAAAGAAAUCAACUGGUAUUUCAGCAAAGACAGUCAAAGCUCUUGUUGAUGAAGACAUUGAUAUUGGCCAGAGCAGAAAAUUUAGUGAUCUACAGAGUGUUGCGGCCAUGAAGAUACAGGCGCACUGGAGGGGUCACAGAGUAAGGAGACAGAUCUGGGGUGCAAUGGGACAAGUGGAGGGCUUAGGACUAGAUGAGAAAGACCACGAAAUCUUACAGGAACUUCACCAGGCUGCAACUAAAAUACAGGCUGUAUGGCGAGGCUACAUCUUGAGGCUGAGGCUUGAACAGGCCCUAGAGUUUGCCAAGUUUGAAGAUGAAGAUGACUAUGAUUUUCAGGAGGUUGAUCUCAAAGAGUUCAACUUUGAUGAGGAAAUGUUAGAAGAUUGGAAACCCCCACCAACACCACAACUUCCUGUAAAUCAUCCUGUUCUGGGUAAACCUCCCAGUGGGAAGCAGGCCAGCCCUCCCUCAAAGGUUCCCCUGCUGAACCUCACAGACAAGCCUCACCCCCCUGCCAAUCCACGUCGUGCCUGGAGGGGGAUGGACUCACCGCUGUCAGAUGUUCAACAGAAUGGGCAUGUCCCCCGUCCCCCCUCCAUUGCCAGUGUGACAGACACACACAGAACUGCUAUGUCAAAGAAAGAGGAACUUCUGUCUGAGGAGUGGGGAUUCAAAGAUGCCAACACUGCACACAUGAUGAUGCAGCGAGCCAAAAAAUUGAAAUACAAUGCAGAGCGCAGAAAGAAACUAGGCAAAUUGGAUCCCAAACAGAGACUGGCAUUAUUCAGACGACUUGAAGAAACUAACGUGUCCAGGAAGUCUGUUACACAUCCUUCACGACAGACACUGCCACGUAAAGAAUACUUUCAAGCUCGACAGGAGGAAAUAGAUAAGAAGAAAUUGGAGAAAAGAGUUAUGUCCAACCUGAAGAACAGUCGGACAUUCGAGUGGAUCCAUAACCAAGUGGGCAGCUUUGAGGAAUCAGAACACAAUGUCCAUCCUGUAAAACCAGCGAGGCAGAUGUAUGGAGCAGACAACAACCUCCCCAGGAUAGACCCUCAGGUGGUGGGGGGUAGGCAUGUCAGGCUGACGGGGAGUCCUGCCCUUGACCUUCAGUCUGUGGACAGUGUCAGUCUUCAAGGAGAAAUGGUGCAUUCCCCACGUAGAUUCUCUGCAGGAUCAGAAGCAUCCAGUGGGGCGAGGUUUCCUCCAAUAAAAACCAAUUCUGCUGGGUCAGGGAAGAAGAGGGAGAGGAUUUCAUUCAGAGACAAUGAGGUCAAGUUGGGUGUGGGGUGGGGAGGGGGCAAAAAAAGGGGAAAACUUAUGUAA